AUGAGUGAGGAAAAUCUUUCUGAGGUUUCAAUCUCUCAAAGUAAACAAUACGAAAUUACUGAAUAUAGCGAUAGACAUUCCAAGUUGGCUUCUCAUUUCAUUGGUCUGAACACUGUGGAUAAGGCAGAUGAUUCUCCAUUGAAAGAGUUUGUCAAAUCACAUGGUGGUCAUACUGUGAUCUCAAAGGUUUUGAUCGCUAACAAUGGUAUCGCAGCCGUUAAAGAAAUCAGAUCGGUUCGUAAAUGGGCCUAUGAAACCUUCGGCGAUGAAAGAACUGUUCAAUUCGUGGCCAUGGCCACUCCAGAAGAUCUUGAAGCCAACGCAGAAUACAUUCGUAUGGCUGAUCAAUAUAUCGAAGUUCCCGGUGGUACCAACAAUAACAAUUAUGCAAACGUUGACCUAAUUGUUGAAGUUGCCGAAAGAGCUGAUGUAGAUGCAGUUUGGGCAGGUUGGGGUCAUGCUUCAGAAAACCCACUACUCCCUGAAAGGCUAGCCGCUUCUCACAGAAAGAUUAUAUUUAUUGGUCCACCAGGAAAUGCCAUGAGAUCUCUCGGUGAUAAGAUCUCGUCCACUAUCGUUGCCCAACACGCUAAGGUUCCUUGUAUCCCAUGGUCUGGUACUGGUGUCGAUGAAGUUCAUGUUGAUAAAGAAACUAACUUGGUCUCUGUCGAAGAUAAAGUAUACCAAGAAGGUUGUUGUUCGUCUCCAGAAGACGGUCUAAAGAAAGCCAAGGAAAUUGGUUUCCCAAUUAUGGUCAAGGCUUCCGAAGGUGGUGGUGGUAAAGGUAUCAGAAAAGUCGAAAAUGAAGAUGAGUUCCUGUCUUUGUACCAACAAGCUGCUAAUGAAAUUCCUGGUUCUCCAAUUUUUAUUAUGAAGUUGGCUGGUAAGGCUCGUCAUUUGGAAGUUCAACUUUUGGCUGAUCAAUAUGGUACCAACAUCUCUCUAUUUGGUCGUGAUUGUUCUGUUCAAAGACGUCAUCAAAAGAUUAUCGAAGAAGCUCCUGUAACUAUCGCUAAGCCAGAUACCUUCACUGAAAUGGAAAAAGCAGCCGUCAGAUUAGGUCAAUUGGUUGGUUACGUUUCUGCUGGUACCGUCGAAUAUUUAUAUUCUCAUGAUGAAGACAAGUUCUACUUCUUGGAGUUGAACCCAAGAUUACAAGUUGAACAUCCAACCACAGAAAUGGUUACUGGUGUUAACUUGCCGUCUGCCCAGUUACAAAUCGCUAUGGGUAUUCCAAUGCACAGAAUCAGAGAUAUUAGAUUGUUAUACGGUGUCGAUCCAAAAUCUGCAUCCGAAAUUGACUUUAACUUCUCUACACCUGAGUCUGCUAAAACUCAAAGAAAACCAACUCCUAAAGGUCACUGUACUGCCUGCCGUAUCACAUCCGAAGAUCCAAAUGAGGGUUUCAAACCAUCUGGCGGUGCUUUACACGAAUUGAACUUCCGUUCUUCUUCCAACGUUUGGGGUUAUUUCUCUGUUGGUAAUAAUGGUGGUAUCCAUUCAUUCUCUGACUCUCAAUUCGGUCAUAUCUUCGCCUUCGGUGAAAACAGACAAGCUUCAAGGAAACAUAUGGUUGUUGCUUUGAAGGAAUUAUCUAUCAGAGGUGAUUUCAGAACUACGGUUGAAUAUUUAAUCAAAUUAUUGGAAACCGAAGACUUCGAAGACAAUACCAUCACGACUGGGUGGUUGGAUGAUUUGAUUUCUCAGAAAAUGACAGCUGAAAAGCCUGAUAGAACCCUAUCUGUCAUUUGUGGUGCCGCUACCAAGGCUCAUAUUGCCUCCCAAAAAGCCAGAGAAGAUUACAUCUCAUCUUUGAAGAGAGGCCAAGUUCCAAACAAAUCAUUACUACAAACAAUGUACCCAAUUGAAUUUAUUCAUGAUGGUAUGAGAUAUAGAUUUACUGUUGCUAAAUCAGCCGACGAUCGUUAUACUCUAUUCAUUAACGGUUCCAAGUGCGAAGUUGGCGUAAGGAAGUUAUCUGAUGGUGGUUUGUUGAUUGCCGUUGGUGGUAAAUCACACACCAUUUACUGGAAGGAAGAAGUUGCUGCUACCAGAUUAUCAAUCGACUCUAAGACAACUCUACUAGAGGUUGAAAAUGAUCCAACACAACUCAGAACUCCAUCUCCUGGUAAAUUGGUCAAGUUUUUGGUCGAAAACGGUGAUCAUGUUAUUGCUGGCCAACCAUAUGCCGAAGUUGAAGUUAUGAAGAUGCAAAUGCCAUUGAUUUCUCAAGAAAAUGGUGUCGUUCAGUUAUUGAAACAACCAGGCUCUACUCUGGCCGCCGGUGACAUUCUAGCCAUCUUAACUCUAGAUGACCCUAGUAAAGUCAAACAUGCUAAGCCUUACGAAGGCAUGCUACCAGAAUUGGGUGCUCCAAUCGUUGAAGGUACCAAGCCUGCAUACAAAUUUAAAUCUUUGGUCACUACUUUGGAAAACAUCUUGAAGGGAUACGACAAUCAAGUUAUUAUGAAUGCUUCAUUGCAGCAAUUAAUUGAAGUGUUGAGACAACCAGAAUUACCAUACUCUGAAUGGAAAUUACAAGUUUCUGCUUUACAUUCAAGAUUACCACCUAAGUUAGACGAAAUGCAAGAACAAUUGGUCACCCGUUCAUUCAAGAGAAAUGCGGAUUUCCCAGCAAGACAACUAGAAAAGAUGUUAGAAGCUGCCUUAAAUGAUCCUAACGUUGACCCAUUGUUUAGCACUACCAUUGAACCACUUGUUGAUAUUACUACCCGUUACUCUAAGGGACUUGCUGCUCAUGAACAUUUUGUCUUUGCCACUUUCUUAGAAAACUAUUACAAUGUCGAAAAAUUGUUCUCUGGGCCAAACAUUCGGGAAGAAGACGUCAUCUUAAAAUUGCGUGAUGAGAACCCUGACGACUUGGAGAAGGUUGUUUUAACCGUCCUAGCUCACUCCAGAGUAUCAGCCAGAAACAACCUGAUCCUUGCCAUUUUGAAGCAUUAUCAACCGCUAUGCAAAUUGAGCUCUGAGGUAGCCGCUGCUAUCGAACAACCAUUGAAACACAUCGUCGAAUUAGAAUCUAAGGCCACCGCUAAGGUUGCUCUACAAGCCAGAGAAAUUUUGAUUCAAGGUGCUUUGCCAUCUAUCAAGGAGAGAACAGAUCAAGUUCAAUACAUUCUUAAGUCAUCUGUUUUAAGCACUUCAUAUGGUUCAUCCGAAACGAAGCGCACAAAACCUGAUUUAGAAGUUUUAAAGGACUUGAUCGAUUCCAACUAUGUUGUUUUCGAUGUGUUGGCCCAAUUCUUGACAAAUCCAGAUGAUGCCGUUUCUGCUGCUGCUGCCGAGGUCUACAUUAGAAGAGCAUACAGAGCGUACACUAUUGGUGAUUUGAAGCAUCAAAAGUCUUCUGGAUCACCUGUAGUUGAGUGGAAGUUCCAACUUCCAUCUGCUGCAUUCACCUCAUUGCCACAGGUUAAGAGUAAAUUGGGUAUGAACAGAGCUAUUUCUGUCUCUGAUUUGACUUAUGUCUCUGACGGUGAAAACCAACCAUUAAGAACUGGUUUGUUGAUUCCUGCUAGACAUCUAGAUGAUGUUGAUGGUAUUUUGUCGUCAGCUCUAUCUUUAAUUCCUUCUCAUCAUAUGUCUACUGGCCCUGUCCCAGACAGAUCUGGCUCUUCAGCCAGCUUGUCUAAUGUUGCCAAUGUUGUUGUGUCUUCAACUGAAGGAUUUGAAUCUGAGUCGGAUGUUUUAAAGAGACUCAGAGAGAUACUCGAUUUAAACAAGCAAUCAUUAGUUGACUCUGCUAUUCGUCGUAUUACCUUCGUGUUUGGAUACAGUGAUGGUACAUAUCCAAAGUACUAUACCUUCCGUGGUCCAAAUUACAAUGAAGAUGAAACAAUUCGUCACAUUGAACCAGCUCUAGCUUUCCAACUUGAACUAGGUAAGAUGUCGAACUUCAAUAUCAGACAAAUAUUUACUGAGAACAGAAACAUUCAUGUCUAUGAGGCCGUUGGUAAAAACUCUCCGGUUGACAAGAGAUUCUUUACCAGAGGUAUUAUCAGAACAGGUCGUAUUAGUGACGACAUUUCCAUCCAUGAAUAUUUGACUUCAGAAGCUAACAGAUUAAUGAGUGACAUUUUGGACAACUUAGAGAUCAUUGACACUUCUAACUCAGAUCUUAACCAUAUUUUCAUUAACUUCUCUGCUGUAUUUGACAUUUCGCCAGAAGCUGUUGAAGCUGCCUUUGGCGGUUUCUUGGAAAGAUUUGGCAGAAGAUUGCUCAGAUUACGUGUUGCCGCUGCUGAAAUCAGAAUUAUUAUCAAGGACCCUCAAACUGGCACCCCGGUUCCAAUCAGAGCGUUGAUCAACAACGUCUCGGGCUUUGUUGUGAAGACUGAAUUGUAUACAGAGAUCAAGAAUGCACAAGGUGAAUGGAUUUUCAAAUCUUUAGAUAAACCAGGUGCUAUGCAUUUGAGACCUAUUGCCACUCCUUAUCCUGCAAAGGAGUGGUUACAGCCAAAACGUUACAAGGCUCAUUUGAUGGGAACCACAUACGUUUACGAUUUCCCAGAGCUAUUCCGUCAAGCCACCGUGGCACAAUGGAAGAAACACUCUCCAAAGACCAAGUUGUCAGACGAUUUUUUCAUUGCAAAUGAAUUGAUUGAAGAUGAAAAUGGUGAAUUAACUGAAGUUGAUCGUGAACUUGGUGCUAAUAACAUCGGUAUGGUUGCAUUCAAGGUUACUGCAAAAACUCCAGAAUACUCUCAUGGCCGUCAAUUUGUCAUAGUCGCCAAUGAUAUCACUUUCAAAAUUGGUUCGUUCGGUCCACAGGAAGAUGCCUUCUUCAACAAGGUUACUGAAUAUGCAAGAAAGCGUGGUAUCCCAAGAAUAUACUUAUCUGCCAAUUCAGGUGCAAGAAUUGGUAUUGCCGAAGAGCUUGUUCCAUUGUUCCAGAUUGCUUGGAAUGAUGAAAAAGAUCCAGCAAAGGGUUUCCAAUACUUAUGGUUGUCAGAUGAGUCUCUUGAAGAACUCAAAUCUAAGGGUAAAGACAAUGCUGUUGUUACCGAAUGUGUUGUUGAAGAAGGUAAGGUCAGAAACGUCAUUACUGCUAUUAUCGGUUCGGAAGAUGGUCUUGGUGUUGAGUGUUUGAAGGGAUCCGGUUUAAUUGCAGGUGCCACUUCAAGAGCGUACAAGGAUAUCUUCACGAUCACCUUAGUUACUUGUAGGUCUGUGGGUAUCGGUGCUUAUCUAGUCAGAUUAGGUCAAAGAGCCAUUCAAAUCGAAGCACAGCCAAUCAUUUUAACCGGUGCUCCUGCCAUCAAUAAGCUUCUUGGUAGAGAAGUUUACUCUUCAAACUUGCAAUUGGGUGGUACUCAGAUCAUGUACAACAAUGGUGUUUCACACUUAACUGCUCCAGAUGAUUUGGCUGGUGUUGAAAAGAUCAUGGACUGGUUAUCUUACAUUCCUGCCAAACGUGAUCUACCGGUUCCUAUUUUGGAAUCUGAAGAUAAAUGGGACAGAAAAAUUGACUAUGCUCCAUCUUUAAACGAACAGUACGAUGUUAGGUGGAUGAUUGCAGGUCGUGAAUCUGCCGAUGGUUUCGAAUAUGGUCUUUUCGAUAAAGGUUCCUUCCAAGAAACCUUGUCUGGUUGGGCCAAGGGUGUUGUUACAGGUAGAGCCCGUUUAGGUGGUAUUCCAUUAGGUGUUAUUGCCGUUGAAACAAGAAUUGUCGAAAAUUUGAUUCCUGCUGAUCCUGCUAAUCCUGAUUCUACCGAAAUGUUGAUUCAAGAAGCCGGCCAAGUUUGGUAUCCAAAUUCCGCGUUCAAGACAGCCCAGGCUAUCAAUGACUUCAAUCAUGGUGAACAAUUGCCAUUAAUGAUCCUAGCCAACUGGAGAGGUUUCUCUGGUGGACAACGUGAUAUGUACAACGAAGUUUUGAAGUAUGGUUCUUUCAUCGUUGAUGCAUUGGUUGAUUACAAACAGCCUAUAAUUACAUACAUUCCUCCAACUGGUGAACUAAGAGGUGGUUCUUGGGUUGUUGUUGAUCCAACUAUCAAUGCUGACCAAAUGGAAAUGUAUGCUGAUAUAAACUCAAGAGCUGGUGUUUUGGAACCAGAAGGUAUGGUCGGUAUCAAAUACCGUAGAGAAAAAUUGUUGGCUACUAUGGCAAGAUUAGAUGACAAGUACAGAGAGUUGAAAGCCAAGUUGGCCGAUUCCACUUUGACUCCAGAAGAACAUCAAGAAGUAUCAAAGCAGCUUGCUAUCCGUGAGAAGCAAUUGUUGCCAAUUUACCAUCAAAUUACAGUACAGUUUGCUGACUUGCAUGAUAGAUCCGGUCGUAUGUUGGCAAAGGGUGUGAUCAAAAAGGAAUUGGACUGGCCAGAAGCUCGUCGCUUCUUUUUCUGGAGAUUAAGAAGAAGAUUAAACGAAGAAUAUUUGAUGAGAAGAUUAAAUAACGAGCUAGGAUCUGCUUCUAGACUAGAGAAAAUGGCAAGAAUCAUAUCAUGGUACCCAGCUUCUGUGAGCCAAGAUAACGACAGAGAAGUUGCUACUUGGAUCGAAGAAAACUACCAAUUCUUGGAUGAACAAGUUAAGAGUCUGAAGUUGGAAGCUUUCGCACAAAAUUUGGCAAAAUCUAUCAGAAACGACCGUGAAAAUUCCAUCAAUGGUUUGGCGGAAGUUUUGAAAUUAUUGUCUGCCAAAGACAAAGAAAAGCUUCAAAAAGCUUUGGAAUGA